GCCUAGUUUUUACCCACAUGACACUCUACGUGUGGAUAAAUGGUUAGAUAUGGAAGAUCAAACAGCAGCAAGGGUGCUAUUUGCCUGGUUUGCAGGGACCUUGUCCCGAUUGCGCUCCAGGCAUCGACCGUCUGCAACACAUCCUCCCCAUGCAAAACCCAGUCCCCAGUCCCCAGCCCUCUGUGCCCAAGCAACCAUCGUGUCUACUGCAGUGACUCACCAUUGGCGUCCAAACGAACUGCGUUGGUUGUGUAGAUAUGUCCUCUGCCGAGGUGCUUGAACUUGUACAAGCAGAUGCUGCAGAAUUCCCCAAGCUCGUUCGAGAGCUGACAGCCAAGGCUGCCGAGAUUCGAUCGCGGCUGGUUCUGCAUAUGAAACAAAUCAAAAAUGGCUCCCUACCGACAAGCAAAGGCGUCUCGCUAUACGAAGUCAAGCUCCACAGCCUGCUCAGCUACAUCACAAACCUGUCCUACUACUUUCUCCUCAAGAUCCAUGGCCAUCGCAUCGAAGACCAUCCGGUGGUGGACCAACUUGUCGAGCUUCGGAUUGUGAUGGAGCGGAUCAAGCCUCUCGAGCAGAAGCUCAAGUACCAAAUCGACAAGCUGCUGAAGGCGUCGUCAUCGACGGAAGAGCCCGCUGCAGUAACCGACAUUCAAAAUCCACUGCAGUUCAAGCCAAAUCCUCAAGAUCUUGUCCAGGGCGAUGGUGAUGCCGCGGACGAUGACUCGGCGGACAUUGCCAAGAUGAUUGCCGAUGCCGACAAGGUUUACAAACCCCCUCGCAUUGCGCCCAUGCCGUAUGAAGACGGCCCGCGCAACAAGUUCGCGGUGACCGAGAAAAUGAAGGAGCGAGCCUCAAAGUCGCGGCUGAUGCGGGAGAUCACUGCCCAGUACGAUAGCCGCCCAGAAGAAAUCACCUCCGAGGGAACGGGGUACGGCGCGCGUGACAUGUCAAGCGAACUGGAUCAACGGUGGAAAGACAUUGAGGAAUUUGAAGAGGCCAACUUUGUCCGCAAGAACCUGACCCGUGAUGAAAAGAAACUCGAGCGGGCCCUCCGGAAGAGAGGCGCCACGUUGCGGUUCCAGGACGAGCUUGGGAACUUUGAUGACUUCCGUGACCUUCAGGGCUUGAACCAAACGGUCUCGCGCCAAGACCGCCAGGUGUUCGGGUCCGGUGCCGCCGGCAAGCGAAACAAGCAUUCCGAGCAGUACGAAUCCGGCAAGCGCAAGUUUGCCGAUGCUGGCGAGAUGAUCUCUUCGCUGAGUCAGGGCCAGACACGUCGUGCGCCCGUGUCUGAGUUUGACCGUCAGCUCAAGAAAGCUAAGAAGCGGCGAGCAUAGCGGCACACCCGCUUCACAAUAUAGAUUUUUGUAUCCACGCUC